AUGGCCCGCGACGUCUUUUGCAAAGGGCGCACGGUCCGCGCCGCUAACCGGCACCGUCUCACCAAGUUGCUCCUCGGCGCAUUAAUAACCUUCUCGAACUACACUACGACAAUGGACGUCGCCUACGACCCUAUGCUGCGCGAGGGCCUGGCAUUGAGCGACACAUUUGACAACCUCAACGGCGGACGCCAGUCUGCCCAGGCCGGCGACUCUCCCGCCCUCCAACGCGAGGUGGAGCGCCGGCGCAACGAAGGCGAGGGAUACACCAGCGACAGCCUGACCGAGGCCCCGAGCGGCAGCGACGAGCACGCCGAGCUGCGGCGGCUCGGCAUGAUCUGGACCGGCUGCUACACCUUCAGCUGCCAGCUCCAGCCGCCCGACUCUAGUCUGGGGUGGGCGGCGGGCAAAAGCCCGCUGCCGCGGCGGGACUCUGCCGAUCUGCUCCUCUGCACCCUUGCCUUUGCUAAAAAGCACCGUGUCCAGCUCCGGAGCCUGCACGCGCGCUUCAACUUUGACCCCGAGAACCGGGCCUUCUACGUUGCAGGCACCUCAAAUUCCCAGCACACCGUGCUCACGGUCAACGGGACCGCCGUUACGCGCCGUCUGCACGCCCUCAACCAGCACAACAUGAAUAUCCGCUUCGACAAGCUCGAGUACGUUUUCCAAUACACGAGCUACGCUGCAACGGACGGCUUUACGCGGGAACGGGCAGAUUACCAGACCAGGAUCAUGAACUGCCCGCAGCUUAUCGACUUUGAGAUGCCGACUCCGCAAGUUAGCACGCGCAUUAUUGGGCCAUGGACCCUGGCCAACCCGCUCGGCAGAGGCGGAAUGGACUUGCCGUAA